AUGACGUCUGAGAAAUACGAGCAGGACAAACGACGAGCGUUAGCAAAGUGGUUUGCUGACGGAUGCCCCUUCGAAGAGGACGAAGAAGUUCUAGGAGCCGGCAGAAGUAACUCUGUCAGUAGCACAGGACAUGUUGAUGGAAACACAUUUUACACGCAGGAUUGGUCCACUCAUAUCCCCGGGAAGGCAAGCUCGCUUAAUACUUCCGCCGGAAGAACCAAAGCCACCGACUUUUGUAAGGACAAUAAAUAUCGUGGUAAAGAUUUUAAACCAGGCAAACUUUCCGGUCCAGUCGAGAUACUUAAGAGAGAUGAUAGGAAAUCUAAACCGAUUAAAUCUAUUGAACGAACUCAUUGGCAAAAAUAA